UUAACCGCAUAUCUAUGCGCAUGCUCACAUUGCUCACGUCGCUGUAUUUCGUCGAUAUGACAGAUCAGACUAUUCAGACAGAUUUCCUAACCUAAAUAGUCAUCAACUUUAGCGACUAAAUUAAUAUCUCGGUUCUCGGGACAGCGACGCUUUUUUCUAUCAGAUUCUUUCAUUUCAUGGAAAAACGCAACAAAAAAACUUAAUUUUAUCAAUAUUGGAUAUAAAGUCGCUAAAUUGAAUUACCGAUAGUCUAGGUCUAGGUUGAUGCAUUUUUGUUCAAGUAGUUGCGUUCCAAGCAGAAGUAUUGCAUUUGCAUCUACAUAUUCGUAUGUAGUGUCGUAGUGUCGUAUGUUAUGAUACACUUCUAAAUUAUUAAAUCCGAGUAAUGUAAUUGGCACGACGUAUAGAACAAACCUAUGGUUCUUCGCUUUGACAGUUUGUAAUAAAUCACGAUGAACAGGUUCGAAUUCGCUGAUUCUCGAUUUGUGUCAAACGAGGUUUAUAUAAGAUGUGAUGCAGCGGUACGUCUCUACGACGGUGAUACGAAGACAAAUUUUGAAAAUGGUGAAUUGAUUCUAACUAGUCACAGAAUACUUUGGGGCAAACCUGGCGAUAUACCACGAGGUAAUACCUGUUUGUCAUUGUCACUUAGACAUAUUGUUUUCUUCGAAGAAGAAAAUCCUGGACCGUUUUCUUUUGGGCGUAGCAAAAAAAUUGUAUUGCAUCUCUCAGAACCUGUUAUUGAUAAGAUGCCAGGUCCAGCAGAUAAUAGUUUGUACAAUUAUGUCAAAUUAUCGUUUAAAGAAGGUCUGGACUCAAAUUUUAUAACACAGUUGUCUGAUACUAUUAUGAGACGAAUGUGGGAGUUUACUCCUGCCACUGGAUUAAUCAUGUCCAAUGUAAAUGAUAAUCAAGGAAACGCAAAACUGCCUCACAUAAAAACGCGGACGGGUAUUAUAGGCAUUGAGAGAAGUCUACAAGAAAAACAGAAAGAAACUGACAAAAGUAUAUCAUUGGCAUUCCAAGAUCUUACAAAACUUAUGGAUAUGGCUAAAGAUAUGGUUGCUAUCUCAAAGACCAUUUCAGCUAAAAUAAGGGAAAGACAAGGAGAUAUAACGGAGGAUGAAACUGUUAGAUUUAAGGCUUACUUAAUGAGCUUGGGUAUCGAUGAUCCAGUAACGAGAGAUGCGUACAAGAGUAGCAACGAGUACUUUGUACAAUUAGCAAAGCAGCUUGCGUGUAUCUUGGAAGAGCCAAUAAAGGAAAUAGGUGGUAUGAUGACACUCACAGAUGUUUAUUGUCGUGUAAACAGAGCCAGAGGUUUGGAACUUUUGUCUCCUGAAGAUUUGUUACAUGCCAGCAGACAAUUGGCACCCUUAGGUUUGCCAAUUGUUUUAAGAAGUUUUGAUAGUGGCGUUAUGGUUCUUCAAAUUCGUUCUCACAACGAUAAUGCUGUCGUUGAUCGUAUAAGAGAAUUGUUGAAAGAAAAAGGAUCUAUGACGGCCGAAGAUCUUGCACAAUCAGACGGUAUAUCAAUAUUGUUAGCACGCGAACAAUUACUAGUCACGGAGAAACAUGGCAAAGCUUGCAGAGACGAUUCGAUAGAAGCUCUGAGAUUUUAUCCCAAUCUAUUUUUAGAAGAAAUAUCUAGUGAAUAAUUUUCUGCUGUCACAAAUAUGUACGAUUAUCUUUUUAAAUUUAUGGUUAGCUGUCAUAUAACAAAUGCUUCAAAGUAUAUUUUUGUCAAGUUUUCACAUGUCCAAGUUGCAUUUAAUGCGAAGUGCUUUAAAUUAAACGUUUAAAUUGAA